CUGGUGUGCGACUGGACUGGAAUGGCAACACAGGUAGAAGACGAUGAUGACAUGGAUUUAGGAGAUUGGACGCCGGUUCAUAGUGGGAAAGGGGCAAGGAGAGGGAGAAGAGGAAGAGAGGAUGAAAGUAUGAACUCAGUGUGUGCUGCGUGCUUUUUCUUCUGCAGAGGAGCCCUUAAAAUUAAAAGAGCAACAGAGCAAGACCAUCCUUUGUCAGUCAGCACUGCUGUGAACUCAUGCAGGACCAAGCAACUGUCUAAGAUGCCAAGCUCCCCUAGAGCUCAGGAGGCCCAUCAGUCUGGCCUGUGGGCUUCUUUCACACUGGUUUUAUCCAUGGCACAAUGAUCAGGAGGAUUAAAGUGGUAAAUGAUAGCAAAAAGCCUGCUCACAGCUUUUGAGGAUGCUGUCAGAGGCCAAAGGGGAAGACACAGAGCUAAGUAGAGCUGGACGAGCUGAGCGGAGGAUGAGGAGAGUGUCCAGAGGUCAAACGGAACCUGCAAACAUUCAGAGAAGUGGAAUUUUCCGCUGGAGCCUGAAUGCACCGUAAAGUGACUGAGUGGAUUGGAUUAAUUUGCGCCUCCCGGGAAUUCCGGAACCUCACAUGACACCAACUCUCUGUCUCUAUUGGUCGGAGGCACGUGUCUGAACGAUCCGUAGUACAACGUCAUCGCAGUGUCUCGCAGCCAAUCAGAAAUGAAAACCAAAAAUCAGUAGUGAAAGUAUUUGAGCGGCGUCUUGAUGAGCGCACUUGGAGCUGCUGGAGCGUCAGUAAUUGUGUGCAGGGAGCAAGAAAAUCAAAAGAGUGAUUUAACAAAGCAAACAAACGAAAUGGAGUUUUAUGAGAUUCAAAGUGACGCAGGUGAGCUGCAGGUCGAGGAGUGAGGAGCACAAACUGAAGCAUGUUUUUUUUUUUUCCUUUGUCAUAUUCCCCACAGGAGUGUUUGCACAGAAAACAAUACAAACUACUGCGCCACGCUCCAACUCGCUCUUCUCGCUGCGGCGACAAAUAUAGAUAUUAACUGAUAAUAAAGUGAUAUUGGAGUCACUACGCUGUGGAAGGGAGCAGGUGCUGAAGCUGGUCAGGCUUCAUCAGAAUGGAAAGAAAUGCUCGCCGAGACCCAGAGCGCCCACGGGACUCCGGGGAGCAGUCCAACCGGGCCAUCCUGCCCCUCUUGCAGCCACCUGGCAACCAACAGUCUCACAGGAUCACUAACUUUUACAUCGACAACAUUUUAAGGCCGGACUUCGGCCUGAAGAGGAAGGAUGGAGCUCCGGAUCGGCAGGGAGACGCUCUUGGAGUGCUCAUACAAAGAGAGGAGCUGACAGGGAGAAAGCCUCCCAAAAGUGCUAACCCUCGGCAGGGUGGAGCCGGAGGCAAAGAAGAGGAGAACCCGGGAGAGAAUGAAGACCAGCAUCCGGACACUGACGCCAGGAGGCCCGGCGUGGUGGCCCGUGAUGUGGCGGCUAAUGACCGCUGCCGCAGCCCUCAGGCCAGCACUGCCACAGCGGCCAAGCCGAUGCUGUGGCCAGCUUGGGUGUAUUGUACUCGCUACUCGGACCGUCCGUCAUCAGGGCCCAGAUCUCGCAAACCAAAGAAAGCGCCGACCCCGAGUAAAGAGGACAAACGGCCCCGGACGGCCUUCACCGCGGAGCAGCUCCAGCGGUUAAAAACAGAGUUCCAGAACAACCGCUACCUGACCGAACAACGGAGGCAGAGCCUGGCCCGGGACCUCGGUCUCAACGAGUCUCAGAUCAAAAUCUGGUUUCAGAACAAGCGUGCCAAAAUCAAGAAGGCCUCCGGGAAUAAAAACUCUCUGGCGCUGCAUCUCAUGGCGCAGGGACUGUACAACCACUCGACAGCCAAGGACGCCAAGUCGGACAGCGACUAGAGGAUGACAGUUGACUCUCUGAACAUGCAAUAAAAUCACCAGCAUUCAUAUUUCAAUUCAACACACAGACACACAGCCACAAUAACGUGACAUUUGUCAGUCUUCUCUCUCUCCCUGUUUGUGAGAGAGAUAUUAUGGGUGUAUACUGUGUACUCAGGGCUGUAGAUAUGACGAGGCCCAGCUCAAGUCAAGAUGGAGCCGCAUUCAUGUCACAGCCAAAAUCUCCACCGUUUUCUCUCGUUGGAGCCUAAAACCGCGACCAAUGUGGCAUUCAGGGUCCAACGGAAAUAUCUGCGGACGACUGCGAACAAAUAAUAUUAAUGCUGCUCUGUUAAAAUUGACCGAGAAGACAUAUAAUAAAUUUCAGUCUCAUCGAAGUAUGGGAUAAAAUAUCUUUAGGUAGAAUCAAAAUAAAUAAAUAAACGACUUUAAGAACUACUUUUAAAACAGUUAAGUGUACUCCGCAGCUUGAAUUAGUUUAAAGUCGCUGGCAGACCUCUGUUACUGUGACCUGGCUGCAGGCUGGGGAUUCCACUCAGAUGGAAACCCGGAACAAACAGGGUCAGAGGUGUUCGGACAACAGCUGAGGAGCCAUGUUCCUGGUUUAGUAGGUGACAGCGUCAUGUGACACAUCCUACCUGCGUGCCUGCUACACUUCAUCGUGCCCACAUGAGAUUUCGAAUCGUGGAUUUAAAAAAAAAUAAAAAUUAACAAACCAUGUGUAACAGUGAUCGCGCUGCAGUGUGGCCUAACUGCCCGCACAGAAAAAGCAGAGCCGAUAGAACUUUGAUAUUGUGGGCCUGCAGAGGAGGAAAAUGGCCCCAACUGCAGCCGAAACCACGACGGGCUCGAGAGAAGGUGAUCACGCGAUCAAGCAUCACGCGCACUGCAGCCCCGUCUGAAAACUCUGAGCUAAUAUCCAAAGAUUUCUUUCUGUUGCAUUCCGGGAACUGUGGCGUGGACAAACGGUCAGCUGUGUUCUCCCUGUCUUACUGUACUUUCUGACCACGGUGCUCAUUUUCUUCAGCGCCUCUUGCUUCCUCUUUGCUCUUGCUUUGUCAUGCCGAUACGGAAUGUGAGAACUCAUGCUAUGUCUGGAAUUAAAGGUGUGCUUUAAAUCUGGUGACCAGUGUUUAGUAGCAAAAUUGCUCUCAGAUAUCAGCCAGUAGAUGCACACCAAAAUGAACACAACCCGUUUUGAAUUUUCUGAUUUUAGCGAUUAUUAUUAUUAUUAUUAUUAUUAUUAUUAUUAUUAUUAUUAUUAUUAUUAUUUUAACUUUCUCCCGAAAGCCAACGACAUUUCGAAAAAUAAACUAUCGCCUUAAAAAGCCAGUAGACCAUAGUUAAAAUUUCCAUUCAUAUCAAACCGCAUCAUCCUGUGGCAGGCCUCCACGCAACCCGAGAAUGUUCAAGAACACACUUCCUGUUGUUGUUAACGAAGAUACUUUGUACUCUUAUUUUUAAAUGCAAUAAACAUUCAGCCGCGCGCUGGUGUUUACAUAACUUAUUUUUCCUGCAAUAAUUUUUCUGUUUGAACACCUUUGCCGACUCCGAACCAAAUCGUAUUGUUACGAUGCAGUGAAUGUUUGGACUUCUUUCUUAUUUUAUGUUAAAGCCUCAGUCAUAUUUUCUGGGAUUGAGUUAGGCACCUGGAAAAGUUUCUGCCUUAAAGUAUUACGGUGUUAAAAGAGCGGCUGUUUUCUAUGUGGCAAAUGGGAUUUUUUCAAAUCGAUAUUUUUAAAGAUGAAAUAUUAGUGUUUUUCCCUCUCAUCCGAGGCUUUCUUUUAUAUACAACAUGUAAAUAAUUUAUAUUAUAAUGGUGUCAUUGUAAAUAAACGACAACAAUGCAGACUUGACUUUUAAGAUAUUUUUAUUUUACAACACGAAAUUCAUCAAAAAGACAAAAGAAAAAAAAACGAAGGAAAAAACUAACUUUUAAAAAAUGAAAUGUGUUGAUACUGAUUAGGAUGACAUAAUGAGAGAGCAACAGGGAGGACACCUGCGGUCUGCACACAAAGUUACACGCUCAACACGUCUGCACCUCUAGUCAAAACCUGGGUGUUCAUUUCGUAAAAUGUUUGCAUUUUACCGUAAUCUGCUCCACUUACUACAUUGGUCCUGUUCAGGCUCUGAAUGUCAGCCACAGCAUGUCAGAUAGAAUCAUCGCCAAAAGCUCUUUAUCACAAUCUCGAUUUUAGCUGAUAGUUGUGGUCCACUUUUAUUACAAAGAGCACAUUAAACGAAAAAAAAGCUAAUCUGAAGAAGUUAUUUUUCUGUUCCUUUAAAACGUAUCUCCAGGAUUGGUGUUUUCCAGACAAACCUUCUAAACCUCCUAAAAAUGUAUUGUUUUAAUUUUGAGUUUGUUGACCCGAUGAUUGCAAGCUUUUCACACAACAGCCCUCAGUAGAAUGACAUAACAUUUAAGGCCAUGGGCUAGGGUCAGGAUAACAAUUUAGAGGGCAGAGGGGUGUCUUCAUCAUGGAGAGAUUUAAUAUUUGUAAAUUCAUUUGAGACUUUUAUUUUAAAAUAAAAAACAGUUCCAUAUUUGACAUAACCCAUAUGGAGCACGCUCCAUGUAGUUGGAAAUAAACUAUACAUAAUUAGCCUAGGCAUUUUUGGGAUACAAAAUCAGCCCAUGUGACAGAACAGUUUCAAAAACUCUCAUCUCCAAUCACAUCAUUGUGAUUGAUAUUGUAGCCCUUAUGACAUUAAACUAAUGGAAAUCAUGAACACACCCAAGAAACUAUUCAUCACGCAUAUAUCAUUUUAUUUACAGACACACACACACACACACAUAAAGAAAUCAUUUACACUCAGUUUCCUUAUUUCAGUUGUGACCACGUGUGACAGAAUGCAACGAAGCGUGUUCACCAUGAACAUGAUUUCAAAUUCCCUCAGCUGCAGUUUGGGAAGGAAGGGGACAGCAGUAACUGAGACAUGCAGUCACUUCCAAAACCCUCUUGCCUUUCUAUUUGGUGCCUGACAACACUAAACAGUGACAUAUCUGCCAGGCUUGCACGCAAAACUUAACGUGGGAAAAUCUGAACCAGAUUAGUUGACCAUCUUUAUUCUUUGAUCUUCAGGACCGCUGCAUAGCUGCAUGUACAUGGUUUCCCUCACAUCUUCAUUAUAAUGUGUAAUUCAGGAUAAUUUGCAAUUUGCACACCAACAAUAUUUGAAAUUCAAUUUAAAAUAAGAGCAGAAGAGACUGACAAGAGACAGAGGAAUGAUAUGAGAAUAAAAAGGUCAUUAUUUCAGCUAAAACAAAUCAUUGAGUUAUGGAUUGUCCUUUUGCAAGACACACACUGAAAAAUAAGCCAGUCUCAAAUAAGGAGCGUAAUUCUGAAUAAUACCUGUUGUUAAUUUGAGUUUUCAUUCACAAGAAAAUGAUUCCAGAGAUUUUUCAUUUCAAUCCAUAUCUAAGUAUUAGGUAUCAGUAGAAACCAAGCGUUCCUGUGUUGUACAAAUUAGGGUAAACCAGUAGAAAAGCAACAGCCAAAAUUAUCUGCAAAUUCAGAGCACUUCUUCCUGUUCUCAACUGGUCCACCAGCCAAAGAGUACACUGAUAGCAUCACUGAAAUCUUACAAACAUGUUUAUGUCUGAGGGCAGUUUACCUGAACAUCGGUGCAUGGUAAGAAAAAUCAAACAGAGAAGCAGAAUAAAAUGUGGAGAGCAGAGGGAGAUCCAUUAACCAAAAGCCAGAGAUUUGUCUGAGAUGCGUUCACUGGCAGCAGCAGCAACAGUGACCUGGGGUUUUUGAAUGGCUGCAGAAGCCCUCAUCUACAUUUCCUUUCUUAGCUGGCUUGUAUGUGGAAGUAACGCCCAACGGUCUCUGACUUGAUGAGCAGAGCUA